AUGCGCUCCGUUACAUUGCUCGCAGCCGGUGCUGUGCCUGCGCUGGCUGACACGCAUCAUCUCUUCGCUGGGUUCUUCUCGGGUUCAACCAUCGUAGGCGUUGAAUUCGACGAUGCAGCCUCGACACUCACACUUGUAAACAACAUCACGACCAGUGCGACUUCAGGUGCCAAGUGGGUCUCGCUAGACGCUCGAAAGCAGAACGUUUAUGUUGGAACAACUGGUGCAUUCCAGAGCUAUUCUAUCACUGACGAUCUGGGCUUGACAUACCAGAGCAACGUCAGUCUGUCUUCGGACUGCUCCAACGCCAACUUCAUCGCAGUUUCCACUGCGCCUCCUUAUACUGUUUUUGGUACUCCUUAUGGCGGUGGCUGCUCAAGCCUGGCUAUCUCGGUUGAUGAGUCCGGCACCUUGGAGACCGCUUUUGCCAACGUUACUUACGAUAGUGCUGGCGGUGUUCAUGGCACGUCAAUAAGCCACGAUAACGACUUCCUGUAUUCAGCUGAUGACAUGGGCAACGCUGUUUGGGUACAUGCCUAUGACAAUGAGACAGGGACCGUGACAGAGGUUCAAUACCUAAAGGCUGCUGACGAUUCUGAUCCGCGCCACCUAACUGCACACCCUAACGGCAAGUGGGUGUAUGUUGUCUACGAGGCUGGAAACUCCAUCGCCGCUUAUGAGCGCGAUUCUGACUCGGGCGAAUUGACCUUCACCAACAAAACCUACUCCCUACUUCCUGCAGGAUACACAAAUUCAUCUUCCUACUGGGCGGAUGAGGUGCUGUUGUCUAUUCCGAGCAGUAACGGUAGCGCUCUGUCACCUAAGUAUCUGAUCGCUGCGACACGAUCUCGAACUGUUGGUGUGCCCGGCUAUGUUUCAGCUUUCGCGCUCGAUAGCGAUUCGGGAGCCAUCACGGAGCAGUUGUUCCUCCUUCCGACCACAAACAGUGGUGGAUCUGCGAACGCCGUUUCGCCAGCUCCAUUCAGUGAAGACUAUUUCGCAAUUACGGACAGUGGCUCAAAUUUUCUCGAGGUAUGGAAGAUCGAUGCAAGCGGCGACGUGACGACAGCCGCGGCUGUUGCGCAUCUUGGGCUAGCAUCUGGUCCCGCAAAUGCCGUAUGGUACAGCUAA